UGGAGACUGAGUCUAUUGGUACAUGCGCAGUAGGGAUUUUGCCUUGAGUUAUCAUUGUGUUAUCGUUCAAUUACUUAAUCAUUGUGGAUUGGUCUUCCAGCCAAAAAGAGAAUAAUAACUAGCGCAAAUGUUGCUCUUGAACUGCUGUAUCUAGUGUGUAGAAUAAUUUUGUUUCAAAAUUUUCCAGUAUGAAAGCUUUUUUGUGGUUCUUGGUUUUGUACUACACGAUGAUGGAAAUAAGUUCGACAGGAUGUGAUGAAGUUGAAGAGAACACAAGGUGAAGAAAAUGCUGUGUGCUUCACGGGACUUGAAAAUAAAGCCGUUCAUCUCCUUGAUGGAAAUAAUGACUGUCGGCUUCAUUCAAGCAACAACUGUUUCACUUAUGAAGAAAAAGUUCCACAUUAGUCCACUUAGUUCCAGAUUAGAUCCACUUCACACUACUAAGUCACUUAUCAGUGGACCAGAAGAGAUGAUGCUGUUUGAUUUCACUUCUCUGGAAACCUUGAAUGGUUGGACUGAACAAUCAGAUGUAGUGCGAGAAGUAGGAAUGUCGAAAGCGGUUCUGGUGCUUCAAAAGACACAGAAAUUCCAGCGAGGCGUUUUCUUCUCAAUGCUGAAUCCGCAACCGAAUGGAGCUGGCUUUGCCGGUGUCCGCACAGACACCACUUUCGAUCUCACCAAUUUCAGCAAGAUCUGCUUGAAUGUGAGAGGCCAAGGCCAGAAUUCGGGCUACAAGGUCGUUCUCAGACACAAGAAUGAGAAUAACGAACCGUUCUCUUCCUAUGAAUCAAUGUUCCAGGUGAGUUUCAAUGCUAUGAGAUUCACAUCAUUGGUUUUCUCAAACAUAGAUGACCCAAUUUUUUCAAUUAUUACAUCAUAUUAUUCCACUCAAAACGUAUUGUAAAGCCCUGCACAUACA